CUCACGGUCUGAAGCACAAAAACAUGCUCGCAUCUACUACAGCUCCUCAUUCUUGCUACGCACCGCUCGCGCGAAGGUGGAGACAGGCAGUGGUUUAGGUUUUAUAAAGCUUGCCAGCCAAUGAGUACGCUGCCUCCCUUCCGGUCGGCGAUCCGACCAAUCCUAGCACUUCGGUGAAAUCUUCGGCUCUACUCGGCUCUAUUCGCUGAUGCGGGCAGCUCGGGGGGCCGCCACCGCUAGAGAGACGCUUUCCUUUUUAAUUUUUUUUCCAUGUGUUCACUUCCGGGUCCGGCGCCGAUCCGGAUGCUCGAGGCAGAAGGAUGUUUGACCUCCGGAUAAGUGAGGUGCCGCUGUGCAUUCAUUCCCGACUGCAUCGGUGGCGACAGCAGCGGCCCGGGCGGCGACUCUCCGGCCAGCGGCGGCGGUAGGAAGCACUGGCAGUAGUGCUGAGACCUAGUCCGAGCCGGGCCGAGCUGCCUUACCUCCCUCGCUCGUUCUUUCCCCCCUACCUCGCUCGAUCCCUCCCUGCGUGGCUUGCUUUCCUUCUCCGGCCGCCGGCGGGUGUGAUGUGCCGUCGCAGCUGCCCCGGUCGCCGCUGACUAUCGGAGUGGGGGCGCCGCCCGCGCCCGGGACCGACCCCGCCACUCGCAGCCGCGCCUCUGAGCUGUUCAUUGAUAUCAGCUUACAUCACUGAGAAGAUAAUUUUGAAGACAUGUUUUGUUGAAAAGACAACUAAGAAAGAUUUUACGAAUGGGAUGAACACGCUCCAGUUGAUUGACUACCUACUGCAAUUUGAAUGUUAACGUUACCCGCCUGGUACAGUUACCUAGUGAUGUACCUAUUCUCACAAUACCCUAUUUCAGCGUGCUUGUCUUGAUUAAAGAAUUCAAAGUGGAGUACCGCAAACUUGAUAUGGAUAAUAAAAAGAAAGACAAGGACAAAUCAGAUGAUAGAAUGGCACGACCUAGUGGUCGAUCAGGGCACAACACUCGAGGAACUGGGUCUUCAUCAUCUGGAGUUUUAAUGGUUGGACCUAACUUUAGAGUUGGAAAAAAAAUUGGAUGUGGCAAUUUUGGAGAAUUACGAUUAGGGAAAAAUUUAUAUACGAAUGAAUAUGUGGCAAUUAAGCUGGAGCCCAUGAAAUCCAGAGCACCACAGCUACAUUUGGAAUACAGAUUCUACAAGCAGUUAGGAUCUGGAGAUGGUAUACCUCAAGUUUACUAUUUUGGCCCUUGUGGUAAAUACAAUGCUAUGGUGCUGGAACUGCUGGGACCUAGUUUGGAAGACUUGUUUGACUUGUGUGACAGAACUUUUUCUCUUAAAACAGUUCUCAUGAUAGCUAUACAACUGAUUUCUCGCAUGGAAUAUGUUCAUUCAAAGAACUUGAUAUACAGAGAUGUAAAACCUGAGAACUUCUUAAUAGGACGACCAGGAAACAAAACCCAGCAAGUUAUUCAUAUAAUAGAUUUUGGUUUGGCAAAGGAAUACAUUGAUCCAGAGACAAAGAAACAUAUACCCUACAGAGAACACAAGAGCCUUACAGGAACAGCUAGAUAUAUGAGCAUAAACACACAUUUAGGAAAAGAACAAAGUAGAAGAGAUGAUUUAGAAGCUUUAGGUCAUAUGUUCAUGUAUUUUCUGAGAGGCAGUCUUCCUUGGCAAGGCUUAAAGGCUGACACAUUAAAAGAGAGAUAUCAGAAAAUUGGAGAUACAAAACGAGCUACACCAAUAGAAGUGUUAUGUGAAAAUUUUCCAGAAAUGGCAACAUAUCUUCGUUAUGUAAGAAGGUUAGAUUUUUUUGAAAAGCCAGAUUAUGACUACCUAAGAAAGCUUUUUACUGACUUGUUUGAUCGAAAAGGAUAUAUGUUUGAUUAUGAAUAUGACUGGAUUGGUAAACAGUUGCCUACUCCAGUGGGAGCAGUUCAGCAAGAUCCUGCUCUAUCAUCAAACAGAGAAGCACAUCAACACAGAGAUAAGAUGCAACAAUCCAAAAAUCAGGUUGUAAGUUCCACAAAUGGAGAGUUAAACACAGAUGACCCUACUGCAGGACGUUCAAAUGCACCCAUCACAGCCCCUACAGAAGUAGAAGUGAUGGAUGAAACCAAGUGCUGCUGUUUUUUCAAACGAAGGAAAAGGAAAACUAUACAACGCCACAAAUGACUCUGGACACAGACAGAUCAUGGGGAGUUACUUACAUGUUCAUCUGCUGUCUUGUGAUUAAAAUCAUCUCUGUAGUGACCACAUAUAUUUUCAAGGACUCACUCUUAGAAACAAAUAUGUCAUACUUUCAUACUUCGUUUUGUGGUUGUCUUACAUUCAUAUUUUUUUCUAAUUUAACUUUUAUGGAAGCUUUAAAGUUUUGUCAAAACAUGAGUGCUUUGCCCAUCAAUGAAUAGAAUGGACCAAUGAGGUGGUUUUGAUGAAUACAGUUCUAUAGGACAUUUUUCAGAAGCUCUUCUCCUGUUGUAGAAAACAGAGCAGUAUCUUAAGUGUCAGCCAGUUAUAUAUACCUAAUUUGAUUUUUUUUUAUAUCUUCUGUAAGAGGAUAAUCACCAGGAAUUUUCUUCCCAGUGGAUAAUGCAACAGAGAAAACAGUUACCCAAAUGUUUUUAAAAAAGUUAUUCCUUGAGAAGUUCAUAUUUUGUGACAUCUGCAUUGAUUUCAGUAUUACUGAUGGUACUGUUAUUCAUGGAUCAUAUUAACAUUCUCUCUGUGAAAUCAUGGUACAGUCACUGCCCAGAGGUACUGAGGAAAAAGCUCUAUGAGUUCAGCAGAUGGUUUGGUAAAAUGAAUCACAAUAAGUGCGGGAAAUAUGAGCUCUGCUUUUGUUGCACCGCUAUGUGAAGUACAGUGUUGUAGGAGUGGCAAAAGCGCUUAUUUUUUAAAAAUGCAAAAUAUUUGUAUAAUGUAACUUUAUGCUUCCAGAUAAUAAUGUAUGUUAGAUAGCAAGAAAUGAAUGCUUUGAGAAGUGACAUGUUGGAAUUUUCUUUUUUUUUUCUUAAAUACACUAAGGAAAAGAAAUAAAUGUGAACCUCUUUGCAAUGUAUAAGGUUGAACCUAAGGAGAUCCCACUGAAACCUACUGCUGAAUGACUGACUGCAUUCUCCCUUAAGCAGAAAACUUUGGAUGUGCCAUGCAAUGGUGUCUUGUUUAUUAUUUUUGCUCUUUGAUUAAAAAAAAAGACCCCCCCAGCAAUAAAAACUGGGUCACUCUUUUUCCCUCUGUGCACAUUAGUCUCUUGUAUUCAACUUUGCUAGUCCUUGGAAUUUUCCUACCCUUUAAUAUAAUUUUGAUGAUUGAAAAAUAUUUUGAAAGGAUGGGUCAGGUGCUUUGCCUCUAUAGUCUUUUGAAGUGCCUGCAUAUGAACAAAGUAACAAUUCUGUGAAAAAGGAAGCCCAUUCCACUUUUCAAGUAUGCUUUGUUUUAAGCCAUAAGGACACAGCUGUACUUUUGUCAUGUUGUAGUAGCCCGAGUUUUCAAGAAGGUUUAAAACAAAGACUGGCUAGAAAUUGAUCAAAUCUCAUAUUCACCUCUCAUUUAUAAAAUUGUUACUCUUUCCAUGCAGUCUCUUCUUUGUCUUUAAGUGUGUGCCUCCAGGCAUGCUUAUUUAUUUUUAUUAUCUCAAGGUAACAUUUAAAAUGUGUAUUAAAGUAAAUAAAUCCACAUUUUUUUACUUCAUUAUUACAUUUACAGAGAUUUAAUUGUACUUUAUAAUUUAUUUUUCUUAUUAGCCAAAAUUUCAGUGCAGUGUUUGGUAAUUAGGCACCCAUAUGAACACCACAAAUCAGGACAUUAUUUAUCACUAUUACUCUGAAAUCUCUGAAUGAUCUUUUCUUGAUUUUAAAGACCUACUUUCAGACUAGAAAACAUUUGCUGUAUAAUUUGGUCAACAGUUUUCAUUUCUGUUUCUUUGUUUACUGUCAUGAUGUCUUAAACUACAGGAGUCACUGAGUUUUUAUUUUUGUUUGCUUUAAGUAAGGUAGAUGGAUGUUUUGGCCAUUAUAAUGUGAAACCACUUCUUUCUUUACAGUAUUUGACCAAAUUUGUGUGUCUGUGAUAUUUGUAAAUACAUGCGAUACCUGUAUUUCUUAUCAUAAGCCUAUUUAGUUUUAUUCUCAGUAGGGUUUUUUGGACUGUACAGUGUUUAUAUGAUCUGAACUCCUUAUACAUAAGAAGGUGUGUAUAAUAAUCCAAUUAUGGACUUAAAUAUUUUAAAAGUAUAAAUACCCUUAUUUGCUGCAAAGACCAGUGUGUUAGACAUUUGCUUUUUAGCAAUAUUUUUAAGUGCUCCAUUUUAAUGCCAAGGAAUAAGUCUUUUGGCAACACAAACUGGUCAAUAAUAGGUAAUGCAGGUAUGUUCAGGUGAAGCCAACGAUGUUUUGCAUUUUUAUGCUUCUUUUCUGUCAACACUAAUGAAGUCAACAUUGCCUGAAUGUCUGAAUAAUGAAACACAUCCCUGUUUAAAAGUAUGUAACUGAAAAAAAAUUAAAAAAUAAAGGUAGUUUUUUUAAACUUGCUCUUUCCCCUUUCCUCUAA